CUAAUGUGCCCAUUAGAUGUCCUGAUCAAUGGAUGUCGUAUGCUGGUCACUGUUACAUAAUUCACAGGGAUCUCAAAAUAUGGAAAGAUGCCUUAACAUCUUGCAGGAAAGAGGAUGGGGAUCUGGCAAGCAUCCAUAAUGUUGAAGAGUACAGCUUUGUUAUUUCUCAGCUUGGGUACCAGCCAUCUGAUGAGCUGUGGAUUGGGCUGAAUGACCUCAAGGUUCAGAUGUAUUUUGAAUGGAGUGAUGGGACACCUGUCACUUAUACCAAGUGGCUUCGUGGAGAACCCACUCAUGCAAACAACAGGCAAGAGGACUGCGUUGUUAUGAAAGGAAAGGAUGGAUUUUGGGCAGACCAUUCUUGCGAAAAGAGAAUUGGCUACAUCUGUAAAAGGAAACCCAUGUCAGAAGGUCCUACUGAAGAGGAAACUAUUGACAUGGGCUGCCAGAGUGGUUGGAAAAGACAUGGUUUUUAUUGUUACUUCAUUGGAAAUACGUUUGUAUCAUUUUCUCAAGCAAAUCAAACCUGCGGAAGGCAUCAGGCCUUUUUAGCAACUGUUGAAGACAGAUAUGAACAAGCCUAUCUGACUAGCCUGGUUGGGCUGAGAACAGAAAAGUACUUUUGGAUUGGACUUUCAGAUGUAGAAGAAAAGGGAACAUUCAAGUGGGCUAAUGGUGAAUCUGUCUUAUUUACACACUGGAAUUCUGAAAUGCCGGGCAGAAAGCCAGGUUGUGUUGCCAUGAGGACUGGGAUUGCAGGUGGAUUAUGGGAUGUAAUAAAAUGUGAAGAAAAGGCAAAGUUCGUGUGCAAAGUGUGGGCAGAGGGAGUGACACUUCCACCUGUUCCUACAACAACUCCUAUUCCCCGGUGUCCAGAAGGUUGGGACUCAAACAAUCGUAUUAGCUUCUGUUUCAAAUCUUUUUCAAGACCAGAGCAAAAGAAAACAUGGCUUGAAUCUCAAGAGUUUUGUCGAGCUGUAGGAGGAGAUCUGGCCUCCAUUAAUGGUAAAGAAGAGCAGUAUGUGAUACGGCGUUCUAUUGUGAACAAUGGCUAUUACCACCAGCAUUUCUGGAUGGGUUUACAUUACUUGAAUCCUGAUGAUGGCUUUGUUUGGAGUGACGGAUCUCCAGUGAGGUAUGAAAACUGGGGCUUUGGAGAACCCAAUAAUUAUCAAGGAAUUGAACUUUGUGCAGAGAUCAGUGGUGAUUCCAGCAUGCUUUGGAAUGACAGGCACUGUGAUUAUCUAUAUGGAUGGAUUUGCCAGAUAAGAAAAGGAGCAAGUGUAAAGCCUGAACCAACAGAAUCUCCUGCACCCAAAUACAAGACUACUGAGGAUGGAUGGAUUAUACAUGAAGACAAACAAUAUUAUUUCAGCACAGAGAGUGUUCCUAUGGAAAAAGGUCGGGAGUUCUGCAAAAGGAAUUUCGGAGACCUUGCUGUCAUUGAGAGUGAAAGUGAAAGAAAGUUCCUCUGGCGAUAUAUCUUGAAAAAUGGCAAAGAGGAUGCAUAUUUCAUUGGUUUACAACUCAGUGUUGACCAACGGACAAGCUGGAUGGAUGGCACUCCAGUGAACUAUUUGGCAUGGGCACCACAUGAACCUAACUUUGCAAAUAAUGACGAAAACUGUGUAGUUAUGUAUAAGAAUUUAGGAUUUUGGAAUGAUAUAAAUUGUGGUUAUCCAAAUCCCUACAUGUGUGAAAGGCACAACAGCUCCAUUAAUUCAACUGUUCCUCCAACAACAUUUUCAACUCCAAGAGGAUGUCAUCCAGCUUGGCUUUCGUUUCAUAACAAGUGUUACAAAAUAUUUGGAUCUACAGAAGAUGAACGUGUCACUUGGCAUGCUGCACGAACAGCUUGCAUGAAUUUAGGAGGAAACCUGGCCACUAUCCCUAAUGAACAAGUGCAAGCUUUCCUCACCUUCCAUAUGAAAGGUUUUGUUACAGAUACAUGGAUUGGAUUAAAUGACAUAAAUCAUGAACUGAGGUUCCUCUGGACAGAUGGAACAGGAGUUUACUUUACAAACUGGGCCAAAGGCUUCCCAUCAGGACAUAUGGAUUUGUACUCAUAUGAUGGCCAGGCUGAUUGUGUUGUCAUGAGAAACAAUCCUGUUAAGGAAGCAGGGAAAUGGGCUGAUGAGAGUUGUGAUAACAACAGAGGAUAUAUAUGCCAAAUUAAUGCAGAUGCUGAGUUUCUGCCUUCUACAAGUUCAUCCCCAUCCAGCAUUAUGCGUUAUGGUAACAGUAGUUACUUGUUCAUCCAUACCAAAAUGAAUUGGGAGGAUGCACAGAAAACCUGCAAACGUGAUCAGUUUGACCUUUCCAGCAUCUUAGACCCCUACACUCAUUCAUUCCUGUGGCUGAAGAUGUUGAAGUAUGGGGUGCCUAUGUGGAUUGGUCUUAACAGUAAUGUGACCAAUGGGCGUUACGAAUGGAUUGAUAACUGGAGAAUGAAGUAUACUAAAUGGGCUGAAGGGGAGCCAAAGCAGAAGAUAGGCUGUGUCUAUCUAGACAUUGCUGGAGCCUGGAAGACGGGAUCCUGCAAUGAAAGUUACUUCUCUGUUUGCAAAAAAGCUGAUGUUCAAGCUCCCACUGAGCCCCCUCAGCUUCCAGGAAAGUGCCCUGAGUCAGAAGGACACAAGUCUUGGAUCCCUUUCCGAGGUCAUUGUUACUACAUUGAAUCUUCAUCUACAAGAAACUGGGCCCAGGCUUCUUUAGAAUGCCUUCGACUUGGUGCCUCUUUGGUAUCAGUUGAAGACUCAGCCGAAGCCAACUUUCUGGCAUACACCAUUGAACCACUUGAAGGGAAAACAUCAACUUUUUGGACAGGAAUGUACAGAAAUGUGGAUGGGGAAUGGCUGUGGCUAGACAACACUGCAGUGAAUUUUGUCAACUGGAAUACAGGAGAACCUUCCCCUCAACAAAACGAGCACUGUGUUGAAAUGUACGCGAACUCUGGGUUCUGGAAUAAUAUCUAUUGUUCUUCCUACAAAGGCUACGUUUGUAAAAAGCCAAAAACAAUUGAAAUGCCACCAGCAGCUGAAGUACCACCAGCUGAAAUGCCUACAAAGGCAAUGACGAAGGACAAGAAGGCUCCUGCUUUGAACCACAGUAAAACAGGAAUUGUAGUUAUUGUUGUCAUCCUCAUCCUUGUUGGAAGUGGCCUUGCAGGUUAUCUCUUCUACAAAAGAAGGAAGAAUCGCUUGUCAACAAGUGACAGCUUUGAGAACAAUUUGUAUUUUAAUAGUGAUGCAGUUCCUGGAACUAGUGACACAAAGGAUCUUGUGACCAACAUAGAACGGAAUGAACAUGCGGCACUGUAAUGUAAUGAAAUUAAAUGCAAUGUAAUAUGUAAUAUAAAAUGUAAUGUAAUAAAAUAAAAUGUGCCUUGUUUUAAUAAAAUUAUG